AUGAUAGUCGAGGACAGAGACUGUGGGACGGGCUGGAUGGAGGAGGAGCAAGAAAAUCGUCCGCUCCCCUCAAGCGCCUUCGUGGGUUGGAAAAGGAACGGGGAGGAACACACCCCCUUCAACGGCAUCUCUGCUCGGCAGGAUUACGUGCGUCUGGUGUUUUUGUUCGAUGGCCUCUACAACUUCACCGGUCUGCGGAUACUACUGGCCAACACCCUAGGCUCCGAGCGCGCUCUGCCACGACUCAUAGAAGCCCGACUGAGUCGGCAGUUC